UCCAGGACCCUUUUCACCAUAGCCCAGAUGUUUGCAUCCCUUCCCCUCUCUGGAUCCAACCAGGCUGUUCUGUGCUCUCAGCCCUGGGUGUUUCCACACAGCUCUCUCUCCUUCACGCCCUGCCAUGCCUCAAUUAUUGUAAUUACCCCACCACCUGCAAAAGUCAAGCGGGAAUGAUGGAACAAUGCAUGCAGGUGUGGCUGUUGCCGGGGACAGCUGCUCCCUGCCAGGGUGAAGAGGAGGGAGGGGGACAGGAGCUGCCUCCUCAAGCCUAGCUAGAGACCUAUCUUUGCCUUUGGGUGGCUGUGCCAUGGAAGGGGACGGAAAGGGCAUAGAAAUGAGAUGGGAAAACAGAAACUCUGCUUCCCCUCCCAGGUUGGGGGCCCAAAGCCGAGGGGUAGAGAUGGCAUGUAUGGCUGGGUAGUUGGACUCCUAGCCGUGGUGUAAAGCUAGGUGCCUUGGCGUCGCAGAAAUCUGAGGACAAGAAGCAAAGCAGCGUGGGGAGAUGAGCGGUAACGUGAGCCCAACUGGGAGUGGUCGGUGUGGUUCAGUUUGCUCGGGCAAGACCCGGAGAGCCAAAGGCAAAGGCGUCGUGGCUAGGAUCGCUCUGAGCUUGUGCACCUGACAGCAAUAAUCACAUAUGAUGAUUAAAAAAAAAAAAAAGACAUCUGAAAUACUCUGCAUCCAGUACUCGAACAUGACCAUAAACCCAGUAGUCUACAGGGCCGGCAAUAACCAGCAGUGGUUUCUCAGUGCAGCACGGAAUGAUCUAGGCUGAGGGACUUGUGGCAUGUUGGAAGGACCUCGGCAAUGUCUCUCUUCUGUUGCCUGUCAUCCUUCUUUCCUUUUUCCACUCCAACCCCACCCCCUUUGUUCGCACAAUUUGUGGCCCUGGACCAGGUGGAGAAAUGGAACCGCCGAGACCAGAAGCUGCUGGAGGCAGUGCAGCGGGGGGAUGUGGGACGCGUGGCCUCCCUGGCCUCGAGGAAGUCGGCCCGACCCACCAAGCUGAACUCGAGCGGCCAGUCCUCGUUUCAUCUGGCAGCCUCCAAAGGCCUGACAGAAUGUCUGACUAUCUUACUGGCAAAUGGAGCUGACAUCAACAGCAAAAACGAGGAUGGAAGCACUGCCCUGCAUUUGGCCACCAUCUCCUGCCAGCCACAAUGUGUCAAAGUCCUGCUGCAGCAUGGUGCCAACGAAGAUGCUGUGGAUGCAGAAAAUCGUAGUCCGCUGCACUGGGCAGCCUCCUCUGGCUGUGCCUCAAGUGUUCUCCUGCUGUGUGACCACGAAGCCUUCCUGAACGUCCCAGAUAAUGACGGACGUACACCCCUGAUGAUCGCAUCGCUGGGUGGCCAUGCAGCUAUCUGCUCACAGCUACUGCAGAGAGGUGCCCAGGUUAAUGUCACGGACAAGGAUGCCAAGUCGGCUCUGAUCCUGGCCUGUGAGAAAGGCAGCGCGGAGGUGGCCGAGCUGCUCCUGAGCCACGGGGCAGACGCAGGGGCGGUGGACAACGAGGGGCACGACGCUCUGCAUUAUGCUGUACGCUCAGAGGACAGGGAGCUGUGGAGGCUGCUCCGGCAGGCCCUGCUCCGGCAGGGGCGGCAGGGAGGUCAGGGGCUUGCUCAACAUCCAGAUCUUACAUCCCAGGCCUCCCCAUCAGAGUCUCUGGUGGGUUCUACACCCCAGAGCCCGUGGAGAGCGGAGCCCGAGGAAGAGGAGGAGGAAGACCCAUGCCCGGAUGAGUGGAGGCGGAAGUAUGAAGAGGAGCAGAGGAAGGUUUCUCAGUUGGAGCAGGAGCUGGUGCGAAAGACGGAAGAGAGCGAGGCUCGAGCUGCAGCCUGCCUGGGCCUGGAGAACGGGAUUCGAGAGCAGGUGCAGGAGCUGGGGCUUCUCCUAUCACCACAGCCUGGGACUCCAGGAGGGCAGGGCUCUAGUCUGCGGCCUGGAGGAGAUGGCAUGGAGCAGGGUUGUCCCUUGGACCUUCUGGCUGAGCGCAUUCAAGAACUAAAGAAGCAGCAGCAGGCAGCAGCUGCAGCCAAACGGGCAUUAGCUUCUAAGAAGGCGGAGGAUUCAGUCUCGGGGGAGGUCUCAUAUGAAGCCCAUGGAGGGGCCCAACCGGAAGAACAGGGGCCACCCCAGAGCCCCAGGUCUGAGACCAUUGGGAAAGCCACAGGACAGCAGCUGACCACCAGCGGUGGACAGGCCCUUGGCCCUGAUCACACCGACAAGCCACGUGCUGGCCAGAAAGAGGGGCCCCCGGCCCCAGGGGUUGAACCAGCAGGCACGGCGGCUGCACCAGUGGGCCCCGGAGACGUGAACCAGCUCCUGCUACAACUGAGGGAGGAGCUGGCCGCGGUGUGGCGAGAAAAGGAUGCCGCCCGAGGGGCUUUGUCAAGGCCGGUCCUGGAGGGAGCUCUGGGGACACCCCGGGCAGAGGCUGCGGCGGCCGCCUGGGAGAAGAUGGAGGCCAGGCUGGAGCAGGUGCUGGUGAGGCUGGACAGGGCCAAGGCGGGAUUACCCGUGAGCCCUGAGGCCGCUGCCCGGCCCAGAGAGGGAGCCCUGCACGCGGGCCCAGAGACCACCCCCGAAGAGAAUGAAGGGGGGCGGCCAGGGGCUCCUGGGGCUCGCGGAGAGCCUCUAGGGGCCCCCUCAAGGGGACAGGUGCCUGGAGGAGGUCCGGCCAAGGGACGGUUGGAGAAGGAGGUGGCGGCCCUGCGGCUGAGCAACAGUAACCUGCUGAGGGAGCUGGGGCAGCUGGGGCAGGAGAAGCAGCGGCUGCAGGGGGAGCCGCAGUCCCUGAGCCAGUGUCUGCAGCGGGAUUUCGUCCUCAAGCCGGAGGCACAGGACCAGCUGCGGCAGUUGCGGCGCAGCGUGGGGCUGCUGACAGAUGAACUGGCAGCGGAGAAGGAGGCCACCGAGCAGCUGCGGCAGCGCCUGGCCUCCCAGAGCAGUGGCCUCCGCGGGCUGUGGGACGACCUGCCGCCGGACGUGGUGGGCAGGGGCGUCGCGGGGCGCACGGCGGCCGAACCUCUGGAGGAGCUGCGGGCCUGCAUCCGCGCCCUGGCCGACGGGCACCGGGAGGCCCAAGCCUCGCUGGCCCGGCUGGAGCAGGAAAACCGGCGGCUGCGCGGGUCCCCUGGCCCCCGCGGGGAGCCACCCGGCACCUUCUCACAGGGCCCAGUCUCCCCCCAGGUGGCCGCUCUGGAGCAGGACCUGGGGAAGCUGGAGGAGGAGCUGCGGGCUGUCCAGGCCACGAUGAGUGGGAAGAGCCAGGAGAUUGGGACGCUGAAGAAGCUGCUGUACCAGGCCACUGAGGAGGUGGCCGAGCUGCGGGCCCGUGAGGCCGCCAGCCUGCGGCAGCACGAGAAAACGCGGGGCUCGCUGGUGGCCCAGGCCCAGGCUUGGGGCCAGGAGCUGAAGGCCCUCCUGGAGAAGUAUAACACGGCGUGCCGGGAGAUGGGCCGGCUGCGCGAGGCCGCGGCCGAGGAGCGGCGCCUCAGCGGGGACCUGGCAGCACGGGCCGCGGAGCAGGAGCGCCAGGCCGCCGAGCUGCGCGGCCGCUCCCAGCAGUUUGAGAAGACGGCCGAGGUGCUCAGGGACAAGGUGGAGCAUCUCAUCGGGGCCUGCCGGGACAAGGAGGCCAAGAUCAAAGAAUUGUUGAAGAAGCUGGAACAGCUUUCAGAGGAGGUCUUGGCAGUGCGGGGAGAAAACGCUCGCCUUGCCCUGCAGCUACAGGAUUCCCAGAAGAACCAUGAAGAGAUCAUCUCUGCCUAUAGGAAGCACCUGCUGAAUGCCGCUCAGGGUUACAUGGAACAAGAUGUGUAUAAUAUUCUGCUGCGAAUCCUCAGCAUACAGGAAGAGUGAGGCAGUCGGGGCCCUGAGGGGUGUGCGAUUUCUCCUGAUUUCUCUGUUGGAGUAAGAGCAUCCCUGGCUUCCAGAGGCUCCAUCAGGCUUUGGAGGGUGGGGCCAGGCAUGGGGAUGGCAUGGGUGGGGUUCCACCUGACACUAUGGACCCCAGACCUGAGAACCUGAAGCCUGGAGUCGGCAUGAGACCAGAGGAGAUGCACGGAGGCCAGCUCUAUGGAAAAUAAAGCAGGAGGCGGUGUGGUGUUGGGUGUCCCUGCUUUCUCUGUUCAAAGGCGAGUGGGGGAAGGAAACUUUUUUUAAAAAUCACAAAUGGCCCCCAAUUAUGAUCCAUAGUAAGAAAUACACUACAUUGUGGCGCAUCUAACCUGAAAUAGUAUUUACCCUUACUAUUUUCUUUCUAGGAUAUUCUCUGCUGUUAUUCUCCACUGAAAAAAAUAUUGCUCAAAAUACAUCCAUCCGCCCAUGGGUCAAGACCCACAGGUUGAAAAAUAGCACUCUGUGAAAAUGGAGAUCGACACUCUUUCUCUUUCUCAAAUCUGUCUCUAAUCUUUUUUCUCUAUCUUGUGAUUCCUGCGUCCACUAUCUUUUUUUAAGGAGGAGAGACUGAGAGACCUGGAGUUUCUUCAAGAGGUAGAAUCUAAAAUAUUUGAUAGUAUGUCAAACCGGGCUUCUAGAUCUGAGGCACAGGGCUCACAUGGUCCGUGUUCUUUGCCCAGGUACCAAGAGGGGUUAAAAGUCUGAUUCCUGGGGAAGGGAGGAAGGGAUACACAGAGCUGGCUUCUUCCCUCCAGUUCUGUUCUCAGACUGAAAACCGUGGAUCUCUCUUGGCCACUUCCCGUGGGUCUCCUCCCCUUCGUGUCCCUCCACCAGCCAGACUGCUAGGUGUGAGAGAGGCAGCAAAUUCCUCCCCAAUCUGGAACUGCGUUUGGCCCCCUCCUUGGUCCUUCUCCCAGCCUACCCCCUGCUGGGUUAGGCUGGGUGGGAGGCCAUGGUUUGGCAGUAAACAGCCUGCCUGGGUUGAGAGGAGAGUGUGGAGGGGCUGCUUCGAAGACAGGGGCCCACAGAGGGGCUGCAGGGCCUGGCUCCAGGAUUUGGGCCAGAAGAGAAGCAGCGGGGUGUAGAUCACGUCCUAGAGAGGAUGAGGGUCAGCUUUAGGAUUUGUGCAAAUGGGCACAGGACUGCUUUUGGACGUGAAGAAUGCAGACUGGAGGGGUUGAUGGAGAAAGAGAGGGUACAGCUGCCAGAGGAAGAGCAUCUGAAAGAUUGAGUCAUUUCCAUUAAGGGGAACAGAACGUCUCUUUUCUUUGAGUUACCAAAGAAUCUCAAAGGACUGUUACAAUCAUUAUUUAUGGAGUGCAGGGUGGGAAGAAUGAAGAAACUGUUGAGAGAGAGGGGUCCAGACAGGGGGAGAUGGUUUGGCUAAGUUCAAGUAUGAGUCAGGAAGCAGCUUUGGUAAUGGGAGCUGAUCCCAGGAUGGCUGAGUUAUGGGAAUGGUCAGUGAUAUGCUAACACAGGAUGGAAUGUUUCCAGCCCCUGGUCUUCCCAAACGGUGUCCCUCUGUACAACCCCGUAAACUCUUACCCCAACGACCCCAGGCCCUGAAGUUUUCCUUGAUUUCAAAAAUAAAUCUUUCUUUCCCAAAGUAACUCUAGUCCUAAGUUUGUCCCUAUCCCUCCUAGGCUGUCUGCUGAAUGGGGCUUAGGUAGGGACUUCUUACUCCUCUUUUUGCGUCCCCCUUCUUCAGGCUUCAGAUGUAGGGGUAUAUGGGUGAGAGUAGGUGAAGCUUGGUUGCCACGAUAGGGUCAGACUAUUUCUUUGAAUGCCUUCCGUCUGGAACUUGGUCUGGAUUUGUAGUCUCCCUCCUCUGUCUGAUAACAUUAGUUCAUUAAACUGACAUUGAACGAGUCUACUACGGGCCAGGCUCAGAAUAGAGAGUGAACAUCUCAGAAAAGAUUCUUGUCCUUACUGAGCUGGCAUACAGGAUCAAAAUCAGGCAUCCUGGUUCCUACUUUUCAGUUGUCCUGUAGGGAUGCUGGAACUUCCAACCUCAAAUUAACUAUUUAAAAAAUUUUUUUUUAAUGUUUAUUAUUUUGUUUUUGAGAGAGAGAAAGAGAGACAGAGUGUGAGUGGGGGAGGGGCAGACAGAGAGGGAGACACAGAUCAGAGGCAGGCUUAACCGACUGAGCCACCCGGGUGUCCCUCAAAUUAACUAUUAAAGGAGAUUCCUUCUUUAGGAAACGAUUAGGAUUCAAGGUAUGGUUGAGUUUCUUUUUUUUCUUUUACAUUUUUACAGCUUUAAUGAGUUAUAAUUGACAUUCAGUAAACUACACAUACUUAAAGUGUACAAUUUGAUAGGUUUUGACAUAUGUGCACACCCAUAACACCCAUCACACAAUCAGGAUAAUGAACAUAUGACUCCCAAAGAAUCCCU